AUGCUCGACUAUGAGAACGCGUCGGCGAACGACAGCUAUCCGUCGCCGACUCCGCCCGGUCAUCCGUACCAGAAGUGGCUUCGCAUCGGCGUCAUCAUCGUCAUCUACGUCGUCUCGCUCGUCGGCAACACGUCGGUGUGCAUGUGGAUGUUCAUCUUGCAUCUCACCUGCGCCGAUACGUGGUUCACGAUGCUGUCACAGAUCGUCUUCGAGUCGAUCGGCACCGUGUGGCUGCUGGACGAAGCGAGCUGCCGCAUAUUCAAGAUGCUGCAGAAUUUCUCCAUCGUGUCGCCGACGUACGUCGUGACGAGCAUAGCGAUCGACCGGGCUUUCGCUAUCGCGCGCCCGCUCUCUCGGCCGCCUUCCGUUAACAGGUUUCUGAUCGUCGCUUGGCUGUGCUCGCUCAUACCGUCUAUACCGAGCCUGUUUCUCUUCCACCGAAGGCAGGAGGGCGUAAACACUUACUUUUGGUCUUCGAUCUUUCACGAUAUUCUCAGCAAGACGAUUUACCGGCAGGUGUACAUGUUAUUCAUAUGA